ACUUUUCUUGAAAAUAGUGACAAUUUUAAAAUAAUAUAGUUACGUUUAAUACGUAAAAUUGCGUAAAAAAAAAUUUAAAGUGAAGUGUAAGUUUGUGUUACGUUUAUAUUUCUUAAAAAAAUGUGUUAUUUUCUUUGUAAAAUUAAAAUUUUCAUUGUGUUCUUGCAAUUAUUAAUUUUGCAAAGUAAUUUAAUUUCAUGUGAGUUUCCAAAUACGGAUAAAAAGAUCAGAUAUUUAGUUAAUGACGAUGGUUAUCCAUUCGAGGAAUAUGAAUUAAAAACGCAAGAUGGUUACAUUUUAAAAAUACACCGAAUACCAGGUGGUUGUGAUAAAAAAUGUUACAAAAAUGAGAAGAAUAAACCAAUUGUUUUUCUUUUGCAUCCCCUCACACAAAGUUCUAUUAGUUGGAUAAUGGAUGGUCCAAAAAUAUCUCUCGCAUAUCUUCUGGCUGAUAAAGGAUUUGAUGUUUGGUUGGGAAACAAUAGAGGAACAAUCUAUGGUCGAGAUCAUGAAACUUUAAUGCCAACAAGCACCAAAUUUUGGAAUUUUAGCUGGCACGAAUGUGGAAUUUACGAUCUUCCCGAGACAAUCGAUUUUAUUUUACAAAAAACAAAAAGAAAAAAACUUUUUUUCAUCUGUUAUUCGCAAUCGUGCACGGAAUUAUUUGUUAUGGGAUCAUUGAUGCCAAAAUAUAAUGAAAAAAUUAGUUUAGCUGUGAAUUUAGCACCUCUUGUAUUCGCUGGAAAUGUUAAAGGAAUUAAUUGGCCAUUAGGAUUUAUUUUUGCUUAUUUAUCAGGUAUAUUUGAAAGCACAGGUCAUUUUGAUUUAACUUCAUCGCCUUUAUCGUCAAUUAUUUCAAUUUCUCUUUUCAAUAAUAGAAUAACGAGGUUUCUUCUUUUUAGUCUUCUUAAAGACUCCAUUUAUGGUUUUAGCCAAAAUGAUAUGGAUAUGACAAUAUUGAAAAAAAAUCUUUUUCUCUUUCCUGGCGGAUGUUCAACAAAAAUGUUUGUUCAUUUUCUAUUUGGUAUUAUUAAUCCAGGUACUUUUCGACAAUACGAUUAUGGAAAAGAGGAAAAUUUACGAAAAUACGGUUCUCUAAUUCCUCCCGAUUAUCCUUUGGGAAAUGUAACUGUCCCCAUGGCUAUUUUUUCUGGUUUUCGUGAUUUUUUGGCUACUCCAAGCGAUAUCGAAUUGCUCUUGAAGGAACUUCCAAAUGUUGUUUAUCGUCACGUGGAAUUUAGUUUUAAUCAUGCUGAUUUUGCUUUAGCCAAUAGGAAUGUGAGAAAAAUUAUUUAUAACAAAAUUAUUGAACUUUUUUUAAAUAUGAAAAUAUUUUCAUCUUUUAAUAUUUGUACAAAAAGUGAGACAUUCAAGGGAUUAGUUGAGAAUGGCGAAAGUAAAAUUUUUUUCAAUUCUCCAAUUAGAAAUUGUAUUUUUUCCUCUUACACUUAGGAACGGAAAUAAAUUGUUCGGACAUAUAAAU